AUGGCUUUGGGUAUCUUACUAUGCAAAGUGAAUUCUGAAACGUUACAUAUGAUGGUCAUGAAGAAAGAGAAUUGUAACUAUUUUUUAAAUGUUUCUAGGGAUUUUCUUCCACGAGGUUCUGGAAUUGUAACAAGACGGCCAUUGGUCCUGCAACUCAUCACUGCAAAAACAGAGUAUGCUGAAUUUCUACAUUGCAAAGGGAGGAAAUUUACUGAUUUUGAUGAAGUUCGUCAGGAAAUUGAAGUAGAAACAGAUAGAAUAACAGGAAUGAACAAAGGCAUUUCUUCAAUUCCUAUUAAUUUAAGAAUAUAUUCUCCACAUGUAUUAAGCCUGACUCUUAUUGAUUUGCCGGGAAUCACUAAAGUGCCAGUAGGGGAUCAGCCUCCAGAUAUUGAGCAACAGAUCAGAGACAUGAUAAUGCAGUUCAUUGCUCGAGAAAACUGCCUGAUACUGGCUGUGACUCCAGCUAACACUGAUCUGGCCAACUCAGAUGCACUGAAGUUAGCUAAGGAAGUGGACCCGCAGGGCCUUAGGACCAUCGGUGUGAUCACAAAAUUGGAUCUGAUGGAUGAAGGAACAGAUGCAAGAGAAGUUCUAGAAAACAAACUACUCCCUCUUCGUAGAGGUUAUAUUGGUGUUGUUAACAGAAGCCAGAAAGACAUUGAUGGGAAGAAGGACAUAAAGGCAGCUAUUCUGGCAGAGAGGAAAUUCUUUCUUUCCCACCCCGCAUACAGGCACAUGGCAGAUCGGAUGGGAACACCAUAUCUCCAGAAAGUUCUAAACCAGCAACUUACCAAUCAUAUUCGGGAUACUCUGCCAGCCUUCAGAAGCAAACUCCAGAGCCAGCUGCUUUCUAUAGAACAUGAAGUAGAGGUAUACAAAAACUUCAGACCGGAAGAUCCAACCAGAAAAACGAAAGCCUUAUUGCAGAUGGUACAACAGUUUUCAGUGGACUUUGAAAAAAGAAUCGAAGGAUCAGGAGAUCAGGUUGAUACACUAGAACUUUCAGGAGGUGCCAAAAUCAAUCGUAUUUUCCAUGAACGUUUUCCUUUUGAACUAGUGAAGAUGGAAUUCAAUGAGAAAGAGCUGCGGAGAGAAAUAAGUUAUGCCAUCAAGAACAUACAUGGUAUCAGAACAGGUUUGUUUACUCCAGAUAUGGCAUUUGAAGCCAUUGUUAAAAAACAGAUAGUCAAGCUGAAAGGACCAUGCUUAAAAAGUGUGGAUCUGGUCAUGCAAGAGUUAAUCAACACUGUCAAGAAGUGCACUAAAAAGUUGGCAACAUACCCAAGGUUGUGUGAGGAAACAGAAAGAAUUGUUGCUGGCUACAUUCGUGAAAGAGAAGAGAAGACCAAGGAUCAGGUGCUGCUGCUGAUUGAUAUCCAGGUUUCUUACAUCAACACCAACCACGAAGACUUCAUUGGCUUUGCGAAUGCCCAACAGAGAAGCAGUCAGGUUAACAAAAGUGCAGUGGGAAAUCAGGGAACCAAUCUACCGCCUUCAAGGCAAAUUGUCAUCCGGAAAGGUUGGCUGACCAUCAACAAUAUUGGCAUCAUGAAAGGAGGAUCUAAGGAAUACUGGUUCGUUCUGACUGCAGAAAGCUUGUCCUGGUAUAAAGAUGAUGAG